UCCUCACGCGCCGCUGCUCACGGAUCGGACCGAGCUGAAGAUGGCGGAAAUCAAGACCGGGAUCUUCGCCAAAAAUGUGCAGAAAAGGAUCAACCGUGCGCAGGAGAAGGUUUUACAGAAACUGGGAAAAGCUGAUGAAACCAAAGACGAACAGUUUGAGCAAGUCGUGAUCAACUUCAGACGACAAGAGUCUGAAGGUUCUCGUCUUCAGAGGGAGAUGAAGAAUUACAUGGCAGCCAUUAAAGGGAUGCAGCAGGCCUCCAUAAAUCUGACCCAGAGUCUUCACGAGGUCUAUGAGCCUGACUGGCAUGGCAAGGAUGACGUGGUGCUCAUCGGCAAGGACUGUGAUGCACUCUGGGAGGACUUCCACAAUAAGAUCGUGGACUCGACACUGUUGAACCUUGAUGCUUAUCUAACACAGUUCCCUGACCUGAAGACGCGAGUGGCGAAAAGGAGCCGUAAACUCAUCGACUACGACAGCGCUCGCCAUCACAUGGAGACACUGCAGGCGCAAGGACUCAAGAACGACCGCAAAAUGAUAAAGGCAGAGGAGGAGCUGAAAAAGGCUCAGAGAGUUUUUGAGGAUCUGAACGUGGGACUUCAGGAUGAGCUGCCAACGCUGUGGGACAGCCGAGUUCAGUUUUACAUCGACACGUUCAAAAGCGUCACAAUACUCGAAGCAAAGUUUCACCGAGAAAUCUCCCUGGUGUGCCGGCAGCUGUAUGAGGUUAUGACCAAACUGGCCGAACAACAUCCAGACAAAAUGUUCAACAUCCAGGGAGCACCGAGUGACUCGGGGCCGCUGCGUUUGGCUCGGACACCGUCUCCUCCUGAAGACGACUCUCCUCCAGAAUCUCCAGAAGCCAACCACAGACUGAGACCUGUGUCCCCCGGGCCCCCGAGACCCAAGAGCCCGAUCCAGGUGAAAAAGGGGCCCCCUGUUCCUCCACCACCCAAAGUGUCGCCCCCAAAAGAGGAGCCCAUCAUUGACCUGUUUGGAGGAGAGUUCCUGCCCGCGCCCUCACCCUCACAGUUCAAUGAGAGACCUGGAGAGUCCCUGCUGGACUUGGAUCUGGAUGCGUUCCAGGUGGACGAGAGCGUGGCCCCAAUCCCACAGACCACUGUGCCCUGGGAUAUGUGGACGGCGGACUCGCAGCAGGACCAGGCAGCCAAUGCCUUCAAUGGAUUCUCCACGGAGGGCGGGGCUCCAGCAUUCUUUGCCGAUUUUGAUAAAAUGAACCAAGAUCAGGCUCCACUCACUUCCUCCCCCGGCACAGAGGGGGAGGGGCCUAAAGACGAGGGGGUGGGGUCCAUACCAGGGGAGGAGCCUAAAGCAGAGGAGUGGCCAAUCGAUUCACAGGAGCUGGAGCCAAGCGAAGAGCCUCCAUCCACAGACCCGAGUCCAGCCGAAGUCCAAGAGGAACCAGAAAAAACAGAAGAACCAGAGCCUGUCCAGGCUGAGGUUCCGAGGACAAUGAAGGAUGCAGAGGAGGGAGGUGCAGAGGAGGGAGGUGCAGAGGAGGGAGGUGCAGAGGAGGGAGGUGCAGAGGCUGAAGCUGUGGUUCAGAAAAAGGAGAGUCCAGUCGAGGAGCCUGAGAAAAUGGCCAUCCCGUCUGUGGUAAUCGAGCCAGCAUCGAGUAAUGAAGGUGACGAUGACCGCGACGCUGACAUAAUCUCUCCCACCGUCGUCACGGGCAACACCUCUACCCCCGGAGUCCAGCACAUUGGCCCGAGCGACGGCACGCUCCCCCACGACUUCCUCUAUAAGGUGGAGACGAUGCACGACUUUGAGGCGGCAAAUUCAGAUGAGUUGGAGCUGAGCCGAGGCGAUGUGGUUCUGGUGGUACCCACGGUCAACCAGGAGGACCAGGAAGCUGGUUGGCUGACGGGGAUAAAGCUCAGCGAUUGGUCGUCGCUGGGAGUCAGCGCUCAGAGAGGACUGUUUCCCGAGAACUUCGUGCAGCAGCUUGACUGACAACCUCGCUACCCCCUGACCCCACCCUGUGUAUUAUGAGAUAUUUAAAUCUGCUCAAAUGUGCAGUGUUCACUUCCUGUGUGAGUGUAGUGUGUAGUGUUCAUCCAAUCAGCAUGCAGCCCCUGACCUGUCACUCAAACAUAGACCGAUCAAAAGCCCCUAACAAAUGCCUGCUCCUAGACUUGUCACGAUUUUGAUGCUUGAAAUAUCACUAAACCUACUUGACAAACGGUAAUAUUGAAACUACUUCUGACACAAAGCAUGAGACUCUCUGCAAACCUAUUUUUAAACAGCUUCAUUAUAAGGUCUGAACAAAUAAACAUCAAAAUGAACCAAUAUUGAGCCAUAGAAAUAUUUAAAUGUUUCAACAAAAAUACCCCAAAUCUCCCAAUUUUUAUAAAGUAAUACAAUAAAUUCUGAGCUCCAACUGAUCUUAUUCAAGUCGAUAUAGUGAUUAUCGUGACAGGCCUACUCCCACUGGCUCCUGAGUAUGUCACAUGACUCUGGUGUGUUUUUAUUCCUCCUCCUCUGGUCUCACAUUUCCUCCUGCUCUUCCUCUGUGGCCUCUGUCUCAGUGAGACAGAGCAGAUGAAGCACAGAUGAUGCAGAGGAUAGAGGAGGGAGCAGAGAAGGCACAGAUGAUGAAGAGGAUAGAGGAGGAGGGAGCAGACGAUGUAGAUGAUGCAGAAGUCCUGACACAGAGGCUCUGAGCUUGUGUCAGUGUUUCGCUAGAUUCACUCUCCUUGUCUCAUCUCCUCUCUCCUCAUGUCCUCUCUCCUCUCCUCAUCUCCUUGUUUCCUUGCUGCAGAUAAAUUGAGGUCUUGGUGUUUUGUUCUAGAGACAAAUAAAGUUAAUUUGCCUCUAAAUCCCGAGCCUGUGACUUUACACGCACAUACAGACAUGCACACACAGACGCACACACACACACAAACACGCAUACAUAUGUAAUCCACAUACACAUGCAUACACAUGUACACAUGCAUACACAUGUAACACACGUGUAAAGGAAAUUAAAAAUUGUAUGAUUAUCUUACCUUUUAGAAAUCACAUGGUUAUGUAACAAAAACUAAUUUGGUGUGAGAAAACCUUUCAUGUAAACCCUUUUGUUCCCAUUUGGUUGCUAUGUGUUUGUAAUGUAUGUGCUGAUAGCAAUCGGACCAAACAGUUGGCUUUCAGAUCUCUCUCCUUUGAAGUGUAUCACACCUUGUAUUCCUUUAACCCAACAUGUUACAUCCUGAGGUGAUCCAGCUCAUGAAUGCUUCCAGGAGCUUGUCUGACCACACCUCAGUAGGAGUGUCACAUCCUUACACUCGAAAUGUAUGUCCUCUGGUCAUCUCAAACUACAUAAACUUGGUGAUUUCCAUCAUUUGGGGUCUGACAUUAGGGGGAGAUGCUGUUGGCAACUGUUGGACCUAUCUCUUUCAAGAAAUAAACUUUUUUUUCUUUGCUUCAACAUUC